CCGGUUUACGCUCCAAGGGCCGGCGGGGGCGGAGGGAGGGGCGGGCCGGGCCGCUUCAGCACCAAGGCGGCCGCGGACAGCAGCAGCGGCGGCGGCCCCGGCUCGGCGGCGUCUGUGCCGUGCGGGAGCAGCGCCGGGGCCUGCGGGGGAGCAGCGGAGCCGCCCGCACGCUUUCCCUGGGAGGUUCGUGUUUUUGUCAGUGACAAGAUGACAAUUCAUAUUUUUACCAAAGGAUCCAGUGAGUCAUCCUAUUAACUCUGCUGAAAUACAUGCUUGCCAAUCGUCCUGCCACGAUGCAUUCUGCUUGAAAAUGCCAGCACAUUGCAAAGCCUUUGAAAAUACACUGAAGCAACAUUACAGAGUGUAUAAAAAGAGAAUCUUAAACAGUUUAUCGGUAAAAUAUGAGCUGAAUUUGAUGAGACUGCCCUCUAGACUUUAGCCAACCGACAUCACAAUGACUGAGGACCUAGACCACAGGUUCAGUAGUCUCACCUGGGAUCAGAUUAAAAUCCUGGAUCAAGUUUUGGCUGAGGUGAUACCUAUUCACGGGAGAGGAAAUUUCCCAACGCUGGAUGUAAAGCCGAAGGAUAUCAUCCAUGUGGUAAAGGAACAGCUCAUUGAGAAGCAAAUCAACGUUAGAGAUAUCCGCUUGAACGGUUCCACAGCCAGUCACAUCCUCGUAAAGCAGAAUGGAACCAGUUACAAGGACCUAGACAUCAUUUUUGGGGUGGAACUUCCAAGUGAGCUCGAGUUCCAGGUUGUUAAGGAAGCCGUUCUUAAUUGCCUAUUGGAUUUCUUGCCAAAAUGUGUUAAUAAGGAAAAAAUCACUGCUCAGACCAUGAAAGAUGCCUAUGUGCAGAAGAUGGUCAAAGUCUCCACCGACCACGAUCGCUGGAGUCUCAUCUCACUGUCAAACAACAGCGGCAAGAACGUAGAAUUAAAGUUCGUCAACUCGCUCAGACGGCAGUUUGAGUUUAGCGUGGACUCUUUCCAAAUCGUACUGGACUCCAUCCUGAAAGUUUACAGGGCAAGAGACUGCAAACUGACAGAAGACUCUCACCCCAUUGUCAUCGCUGAAAGUAUGUACGGAGACUUCAACGAAGCGAUGGACCACUUGAAAUACAAACUGAUUUCCACAAGGAACCCAGAGGAAAUCAGAGGAGGUGGCCUCCUGAAGUACAGCAAUCUCUUGGUGCGGGACUUUAAGCCAGCGGAUGAGGCUGAAAUUAAAUCUCUGGAACGUUACAUGUGCUCCAGGUUCUUCAUCGAUUUUCCAGAUGUUGCUGAGCAGCAAAGGAAAAUUGAGUCAUACCUGCGCAACCACUUCAUUGGGGAGGAGAAAAGCAAGUACGACUACCUGAUGACUCUGCGCGGAGUUGUAAACGAGAGCACAGUCUGUCUCAUGGGACAUGAACGAAGACAAACUCUGAAUAUGAUCACAAUUCUGGCUUUGAAAGUACUCGGAGAACAAAAUAUCAUCCCAAAUGCAGCCAAUGUAACGUGCUAUUAUCAGCCUGCUCCAUAUAUCAGUGACAGAAACUUCAGCAGUUACUACAUUGCUCAUGGACAACCACCCAUCAUCUACCAGCCGUACCCAUUUCACAUACAAAUACAAAGCGGCAUCGUUUAGGAACACGAUAACCUCCUCAGCACUUACACUCCUCUCUUUCCAGUUCUCUCUGUAAUAAAGGCCUCAUUCAAGCAAGGUUUGUCAUCGCUUUUGAUUUAAGGACAUAUUUUUGUGCGAGUUGCCAAAGUGAUUUGGUUUGUCAAUGUCUAAAUCACCGUUAAGCAGAUCGUAAAAUAAGUGAAACAGCUGUCGUUAUUCAUGAUGUAUUUAUAACCCUACAUAUGUUUGGGCUAUAUAUUUUUUUUUCAAUGAAAAGAGAAAGAUAUAGAUUAUACAAAUUUUACAAAAUGAAAUGCACUAAGUCAGGGGUAUCAAACUGCUUUUCACCCGGGGCCACAUCAGCCUCACGCUUGCCUUCAAAGGGCCGAACGUAAUUUUAGGACCGUAUAAAUGUAACUACUCCUACAUUUAUACAGUGUACUACUUGGGUGUACUACUCCUACAUUUAUAUGGUCCUAAAAUUACGUUGGGCCCUUUGAAGGCAACCGUGAGGCUGAUGUGGCCCCCGGUAAAAAGGAGCUUGGCACCCCUAUACUAAGUUCUGGGUUCUAAAAAAUUCUUAAGCAAAAUUCAAAUAGUGGAAAUGAAAAAUUAAGCCAAUCAAAUACCUCUCAGUAGAAACGCCUGAUUCUAGAAGUGAUAACAUUCUGGGUACGUUAAUACCCACGUAGUUCCAGCAACAAUUUUGCAGCACCUUUUGAAAGUACGCCUUGACGGGAUGUUUCUUGGUGGUUUGAGUUUUGCUUUACUGAUCUGGUCACUCUGUAGCUCCCAUCCGAGAUGUGAGGUCCCUCUCCUCAACAGCGCUCUUUGGCCGUGGUUACCACAAAACAUCCCUACCAAGGGCUGACUCAGCAUUUUUGUGCAUCCAAAAUGUCCACCGAUCGUAAUGGGAGGUUUGGCUGCGUCCAUAACGCAGGAUCCACCUCACAGGUACUGGGAGUUGUAAGAGAGACGACUAUUCUGAUGAAACUGGUCCUGAAAAACAAGGUAAUAGCGUGAGAAAGAAGGUGAGAAUUGAGCACAUAACACUUGCUUUCUAUAUUGCUAAUUUGUUAUUGAUCAGCAGUGCUUUAAUGCAUAAUAAACAGAAUCAGGAAAAAAAAAAAAAAGAAAAAAAAAGAAAAACCACCCAGGACUGCAUCAUUUUCAGGUGAAUUAAAACAUAUUCUUGGCAGUGGCAUUUGGAAAAAUGUUUUCUACUAGCAAUGUCCUGUAUAUGUUUAGAUACCUGCACACAUACACUAGUAGCAAAGAAAGAUUUCUCUUAUUAUCAGGAAGUAAAACAUGAGUUACAAGUUUUUUUUGUGUGUGUUUACCAAAGAUAAGUUUUAAACAUGUCACAUAAGUGCCUCCCUGUGCCAGUUGCUCCAUGGAAGUCUCAGUGCUGGUGGUGAUCGCACUAGAGCAGGGGUGCAUACACCCUUGGUGCUCCACCGACAGGUUGCAAAGUGUUUGUAGGCCAGAGAGAUGCGCUUUUCAGUAUGAGCAGGUUUGGGGCAGAUGGAUCUGAGGUGUUCUCAUCAAAACUCCUCCGGUUUAGAUGCUCAAUAGGGUACAAAAGGAAUAGGAGUGAAAAGGAGAUGUAGAAUGCGCACGGUUGUAAAAUUGGAGCAGCCAACUGGAAAUGCAAGAUGAGUGUUUCUUACAUCUGAUGCUUAACACGUCGCGGUGUCCUACGAGUCCAUCGCCGGUACCUCACUGUGUGUCCUCGUCGACUGCAAAAACACCGACUCCAUUGGAUCUGUUUGCAACUGGUGUGUCUUAGGAAUUUCUGCUCCUUGGGAAAGAGUGCUUGAUUUAUUUUACACAAAAUAUGCUCCAUACCACUAAUUUAAAUCAAACAUUUUUAAAAAUUUCUAAGGUCUAUGAAGUCGUACUUGCCAGUGAAAUACAGUUUUCCUUUUCCCAUAAAACGCAUGUACAAUAGAGCAAAGAUCUGUUUAGAAACAACUUUGUUGACCAUCAUUGCUAAAGUCAACUGUUUUCUGUAAAAUAUAGUGCAAAAACCAAUGUUUUUUUCUGUAAGAAGGGCAUACUAAUCUACUGGGAAGCUGAUUCAUUUUGUGAUGUCUUUCAUGAAUACAGUACUAUUAUUGUUUGCUGAUUUUUCAAGUACAUCUGAUUGUGUCUAAAAGCGCACUUUAUUGCACUUCCACCAGUAACUUUCCAUUGGCUGAACUAUGUUUAAUAAAGUUGGCAAUUCUAAUUGCUCUAUUACCAGAUACAAUAACACUAUAUUUGCAUGUGAGCACUUCUAGGGAAUUCCACCUGUCAGAAGAAAAAUGGAGUGAAACAUGAUGGAUUUCUUUUUAAUUUCAACAGUUUAGACUACAAAGGGAACCUUGAAAUUGAGUUUGGUAUUUGCCAAAUUAAAUAGCACUGUGAAAUUCUGUAAGAGCCUUAGGUAGGUUGUGUCCCUUUUGCUUCAACACGCAGCACGUGGGAUUCGCAGGGCUGAAGAGCCCAAAAACUGGGCACAGCUGGGACCUCCCGAUGAGUCUGCGGGAGCCGGGCUCCCUAAUGGCUUGAGUUUCAACUCCUUAAAUUUGAUUUAAAAUCUCAGUCCAUCUGCAUUGACCUGUGACCUUAGUAUAAUCAACUUGGUUCUCCUGGUUGCCUCGCUCGCUGGGUGGAGAAACGGGUUGAUCUUCUCAAGAACCAGGAAACAGGGCAGCCAAGAAGGAGAAUUUUCAAUGUCGUGGGUAGCCCAUGAGAAACAGUUCAAAAAGCUCUUGGGUUUUUGGUUGGUAGAUUGGUUGAUUUUGUUUUCGUGGGUUUGUUUUUUGGUUUUGUUUGUUUGGUUUUUUGGGGGGUUUUGUUGUUUGUUUUGGGUUUUUUUGGCUUUGUUUUUUCACCAACAAGUAGAAACACGUAUCAUCCCGUAUACAGGACUAUAGUUCUUUUUUGAAUCAGACAUGGUGAGAAGUGUCAGGAAUGGUGAACUAGCUCUGGAUUUGUAUAAACCAGCCUGUCCACUUGUACAGCAACCGCUUAUUUAAAUAUCUAUAUUUAAUUCUACUACGGCUCCGUUUAUACACCCAGGUUGGGUAGGGAAGGACUCAGCCAAAGUCCGUGGAGAAAGUGGGAAGGAUCCACUGAACUCUGCUGGGCUUUGUGUGAGAUCCCUGAAAUCAUAAAGGACUUACAUGAGUACCUAGAGGUACCAAGACAUCAAUAUGCAAAAAUGUCUCAGGUAUAAAUAAACCCUUUAAAUUUAUUGAAAAAGGUCUUAUAUUUCUUACCUAGAGGUAGAUCAAUCUUGAAGACUGAGGUUUAUGAUUUUAUAUAUGCUGACCUAUAUAAAAUCUCACAUAUCUACACAUACACAGGCAAUUAACAAAAUAUUCCCUUCCGAAUGUUCUGUUGACACCUGGCAGCAGCAUUUGACCUGGAGAUCUUUAGCUUUUCAAGGUGAUGAUUCUAUAAACUGACAUUAAAAAGGGGAUGAUGUGUAAACUGCUGCUUGCAAAACAUUUUUAUCAAUAUGUAAGAUGACAUAUUGUAACCUCUUCUCCAGUUGUUACCCAUUUCACUAUGUGCAGAUAUAAAUCUACAAAGAAUUGAGAGAGUUUUCUCAGUACCAGUCUCCUGAGCUUCAUGUUUACAUUAUAUCUUGUUGUUACAAUCUGUUCAAUAAUUAUAAUACCUGGAAGUUGUAAUGCUGAUAUUAUUUAAUCACAUUCUUAAGGUUUACAGCUUAAAGUAACCUAAUGUUGUCAGGACCUAAGUGUUAGUUUGAAGUGCUUUCCUAAAAAAAUGUCAUUUGAAUUUUGUGUUAUAUUGUAAAAGGUCUAUUUGAAGCAUAUACUUUAUGGUAGUUCCUUUAAAAUGUCAUUUGUGAGCUUUUUACUCGACACAUUACAAAGAUUUUUGCAAUGGGUAAAAGAAAUGUAAAACUGUCCUCAGUCGAGAUGUUCUAUUGUCUGUCGCGUCGCACUGAGCCUGCAGAUCUGCGGAAGAAUGGAUCUGAUUUACCACCGUACUCCAGUCUUCUGGCUCUGUAAUUUGGCUGAUGUUGGAGGAGUUACACCAACAUAAAUUCAGAGUUCCACAGACGCGUAUCCAACGUGAUUCACAGGCACGUCUGCAGAAAGGAGAGCAGAGAGCCUUUGGCGGGUCAGCGUGAUUCUGACAGCUCAGUUUUCAGUUGACACGUUUUUCUGUUAAACUAAAUGAACGGAAGGGUGUUCCAGACAAAGCUGUUGCGGAUGAAAGGAUUAUUUCACUCACUGUGCCAUCUGAAGCUGUCGAAAUACUAUUGUAACGCUAAAAAUGUGUACUAACCACACAAAUUCACAGGUCAUUAGUCCACAGUGUUGACUAGUGCCUUUGGGUAUUUGGGGAGCGGUCAUUAAAAUAACUUUCUUGUUUAACGUAU